ACUCAUGUUGUGAUGGGCGGGGUUUGCCUACAUAGAGUCAGUUUGUUUUGUGAACGAGUUACAAAAUAAUACUCGAACCUUUCUUCUACUGAAGUAGUAUUUCGAUUAGCAAUUAUGGACGCUCUUCUGAAGACUUUAUUUUCCUCGGAGGAGCAAGAGCUGUAUGUUUUGGAUUGCUUGCCGUACUUGAUGAUGGUUAUGGCAUUCAUAACCCAGGUGACUUUACUCUUUGAGCACGUCCCCUAUGGCAGAUAUGCAUCCAGCAGGUAUGGGUUUCCUGUGAAUGUCAGAGUAGCCUGGUUCGUUCAGGAGCUGCCGGCUUUUCUGCUUCCUGUGAGUUUGUUGCUGUGGAGUCCAUGUGCAAAGAUAAUGCACCUGCCCAACCAAUUACUUCUGCUCAUGUUCGUAUGCCAUUAUGUGCAAAGGUCCCUCAUCUACCCAUUUUUAAUUCAAGGAGGGAAACCCACACCAUUCAUCUCGUUUGUCCUAGCCUUUGUCUUCUGCAUCUAUAAUGGGUACCUGCAGGCAAGAUACCUGAGUCACUAUGCAGAUUACCCACCCGGUUGGGUUACACAUCCCUGUUUCAUCACAGGGUCUUGUAUGUGGUUCCUGGGAUGGAUCAUUAAUAUGCACUCCGAUCAUAUUCUCAGGAACCUCCGUAAGCCUGGAGAGACCGACUAUAAGAUACCUAGAGGGGGCAUGUUUGAGUAUGUAUCAGGAGCAAACUUCUUUGGGGAGAUCGUGGAAUGGGCUGGAUUCGCUCUGGCUGGUCAUUCGAUCCAUAGUGCAGCUUUUGCUUUCUUCACUUUAAUUGUGCUGUCCAGCAGAGGAAUGGACCACCACAAGUGGUAUCUCACAAAAUUUGAAGACUAUCCGAAAUCAAGGAAAGCUUUAAUACCAUUUGUGCUCUGAUCAUGUGGUAAGCCCAGCCACCACACUCCCAUAGAAACAAUAUUCUGUCAGUUUGGACUCAAAAUGGAAGAAAAAAAAUCAAGAUACUCAUGGAUAAUAAAAAACUCUGCUGUACGUGAAUAAAUGAGAAAUAAAAUAUGUUUAAAUAUUACGAAAGGAGAUUUCAAUUUAAAAUUCAUAUUAUGUUUACUGAUUUAUGCAUCAAUCUUUUAACCCCCGAAGGUUUACUGUUUAUAAGGUUUAAGAAAUUAAAUUGAAUGAAUUUCAACAGGGGCACAUUGUGCAAAUUAUGCUGUCAUAACAUAGUAUGGAUUUAUUAUUGGAUGUCAUAAUUUGUCGUUACUAUAAAGCAUCCAGUCGAUUCCUUCUUCACAAAUGCACAACUAAAUGCACCUUCUGCCAAACACUUUUUCCCCCCUGACGUUUACCAAGAUCUUUCAGGGGCAGUGGGGUCAGUACAUGAAGCUGUCAAAAUGAGCUGAAGUAUUAAGAUCAAUAACCAGAAGUAUCCCAAGAGCGAGUGCUGCUCUCAAAGAAAAAGAACUGCAUACCUUGCCUUAAAAGGACAGCUAUAGCUAUUUAUGUCAAAUUUGUUUUGUUUUGCUUUUAUACUUCAUUGUAAGACACAUAA